AUGGCCGCCACCCCCGCGCGAGCUUCCACGCUCCUCGCAAACUUGACCGCCGUCUCGGCGCGCGUCACAGCUGCUGCAGCCCACUCCCCAACCCCCACCAAACCAGUCCGUCUAGUAGCCGUUUCCAAGUUGAAGCCCGCCUCAGACGUCCUAGCCCUGCACCAACCCCCCGCCUCGCAGCUACAUUUCGGCGAGAAUUACAUUCAAGAACUCCUCGAAAAGUCGAGAUUACUCCCAAACAGCAUCAAAUGGCAUUUUAUCGGUGGACUGCAAUCGAACAAAUGUGUUAUGCUCGCCCGUGAUGUACGCGGUCUUUGGGCCGUCGAGAGCGUAGAUACAGAGAAGAAAGCCACCCUCCUAGAUAAAGGAUGGGGAGAGCGAAAGCCCGAAAACACGAAUUUGCAUGUUGCAGAUUCCGAGGACGAUAAGCUCCGCAUCUACGUGCAGGUCAAUACAUCCGGCGAAGAGAAUAAGGCCGGUAUUGAACCGACUGCUGCUCCUGCAUUGGCUCGCUUUAUUAAGGAGAAGUGUCCUCGUCUGAAGCUGCAUGGUGUCAUGACUAUUGGCGCUAUUGCGCGGUCGAAGGAAACCACGCCGGAGAAUGAAAAUGAGGACUUCGUUUUUUUGCGGGAGACGAGAGAUCGCAUCGUUGCUGAUCUGGGGUUGACUGGGUCUGAGGCGGAGUUGGAGCUUAGUAUGGGCAUGAGUUCUGAUUUUGAGGGAGCUAUUGCUCUUGGGUCGGAUCAGGUUCGUGUCGGAACAACUAUUUUUGGGGAUCGGCCGCCUAAGUCGGAGGCUCGGGUUGUUUAG